AUGUCCAGUCAACAAGAAAAAGAGAGUUUAACAAUUAAAAAACCUCAAAAUAUAAAACAAGCAGUACUUAAUUGCCAAAAACGAUUAAAUGAAGUACGAGAAAUGGAACCUGCUGUGACUAAAUUACAAAUACAACUUGAAUUUUUGCACAAUCGCGUCAAAUUGAGUUCGAAACAAUUGCAUGCAGUAAAUGAAAUUUUUGACGAUUUUAUGUCACGAUGGUCUUGUGUUGUUGGGACUAUAAGUAAAGUUUUAAGUAAUUUAUCUCGGCCAGAACCUUUAAUAAAAAGUCCAAGUAAAACACCAGAAAGGCAACAAAAACACUCAACAAAUCAAAAUAAAAUAUUUUUGAUGAUUGAACAAUUAGAUCAAUGGUUAAUUGCUUCCUCUAAAUAUUUGGAUGAAUUACCCCCACAAAUGCCAGCAAACGAUAAAUUUGAUAAAAUUGCUAAAAUUGCAAAACAAUUGGGUGAACAACAAGCACAUUUAAGUCAUUUGAAGAGAUUGGUGAGAAUUUUUUUUUUGAAUUAA